CCAGGAAUAUACGCUUGUCAAUGAAGUCUCUUGUCUAUAACUAGGUCCAAAGUCCAAACUGGAUGUAUUGUAAUAAAAAGAACUGACAAGCAGCGUUUGCCAUCCAGUCUUACCAAUCAAGGUUGUGGACGGAUUCAACCUGCACGCACAGGGACAACAGAUGGAAACGUAUAAGAUGAAGGGCAUUCUGAAGGUUCCAAAGUUGAACUGGGAGACCUCUUCCCAGAGUAACUCCAUCGGGGCAGUGCGCUGGAACCUUCCCGAGGAGGACCUCCAGGCCCACAGCUCGGCCCCCAGCAGCCCCAUCAAAAGGAACACACCCACCACAUGUGGCUUACAGCAACACACGCGUCAGAAAGGCCUAAAGGAACUGCGCAACCUGGAGGAGUGUGUACGCUUCAUCAGACACUGGAAGGAGCAGGUGGACCAAGUCUGCAAGAAGGCCGGUGACGCGGGCGAAGUCUCCAGCCAAGCAGAGGCCGCUUCGGAAGUGAGAGACCUUCAAACGGAGCGCAGCCUUGAGGAGAGCAGGAGGCUCAUCCUGCAGUGGACCACGGAGCUCAACAGUGUGGACACGGUGUGCAGGAACCUCCCACAGGUCCAGGAGCCACAUGAAAAAGACGACGACCAGAACAAGUUCGCAGAGGAGGAUCCCAACGAGGAGGUCCAGCAGAGGAUCAUGGAGUGGGCCAAGGAACUGCAGACUGCAUCAGAGAGCUGUGGAGUACAUAGUGAUGAACUAGCCAAGGUUCUGCGUAUUCUGGGCCUCAGGAAGAACAGAUUGGUCAACCUUCUGCCUCUGUUGGAGUUCAUUACCUGGUCACUACUGAAGGAAGACUCCAAGGGCAUCAUUCCUCAGCUGUGGUUGUCAGCGAAACAGCGCACCUGGAAGGCUGGCACUCCGAGAUACAUCCCAAUCUCUGUCUGGACCUGGAUCACCAGUGCAUCAGCCGACGUGACACUUGACCCCUCGACCCACCACCCGUGGCUCCAGCUCUCCGACGACCUACGCCAGGUCCAGGAGAGCCCACGCGAGUCCCACGUGCCAGCUGGUCCCCAGCGGUUUGACGCCUGGCCCGGUGUGCUGGGGUGGGAGGGGUACACCUCCGGACGCCACUACUGGGAAGUGGACAUUGCCAACAACGGCUACUGGAGGGUGGGCCUGACCGCAGCGAGCGCCAAACGGCACACCCGCGUCCCCAUGAACCCCCAGAACGGCUACUGGACCCUGUGGUGCGGCACCAAGCAUUUCUAUGCCUGCACCCAGCCCGAGACGUCCCUGCCCCUGGGGCUGGUGGCCCGCCGAAUGGGGAUCUACCUCGACUACGAGGAGGGACAGAUCUCCUUCUACAAUGCGGAGACCAAGUCACACAUUUACACAUUCACGGGACCCUUCGCGGGAAAGCUGUACCCGGUGUUUGUUCCGCUCGACGGGCGCACCCUCAUCACCGUCGUCCCACCACCUGAUGGGUCUAAGUUAUGAAGACGUCAGGGGGUUUUUGGUUUGGGUCUUGUCCCCCACAAAAAAAUUCUGUUUGCACUCUCUGGCCAGUCAGUAACUUUAAUUGAUCAAGGAUGUGCCAAGAAGAAAGCCAUUGGAGAAGAGAGGUUGACACUUUGACCUUCAAAGUCUUUGAGUCCUCUUUUGAUAUACAUCCCUAGCUUUUGCCAAGAGACUUCUGUACACGCCCUUACAGAUCUGAAAAACCUGGAUUAGUUUAUCAAAAACACAGAAAAACACAAAGUUUGAACAGCAAAUGUUUAAUAUUAUGUAUGUAUAUAAAUUAUUUAAACAUUGUAUGUAAAUAAAUUGUAUUAUGCCACUAAAACAAAUGGACAAUGGAAAUGUAUC